AUGCCCAAUUCUCUCCUGCUUCUCCUCCUCAUCCUCCGCGCAGUCGCCGGAGACGCCGCCGCCGAUUCGGCAGACCCCUGCGCGGGCCGUAGGAUCCACAUCCGGGACUUGCCCCCGCGCUUCAACACGCAUCUCCUCCGCCACUGCGACGCCGCCUUCCCGCUCGCCGACCCGUCCUCGUCGGUCACCUCUGCGCCGACCUGCGAGUCGCUCGCCAACCACGGGCUCGGCCCGCGCACCCACGCCCGCAGCCGCUCCUGGUACCGCACCGACGCGCGCCUCCUGGAGCCCUUCUUCCACCGCCGACUCCUCGAGCGCCGCUGCCUCGUCGCCGACCCGAGCCUCGCCGACGCCGUCUUCCUCCCGUACUACGCGGCGCUCGACUCUAUCCCCUACGUGCUUGACCCCUCGCUCCUCAACUCCUCCGCGCUUCACGGCGCGUCCCUUGCCCAGUUCCUGGCGCGCGACCGGCCUCAGAUCCUGGCGCGUCGGCACGGGCACGACCAUUUCAUGGUCCUCGGCGGGUCCGCGUGGGACCACUCGCAGCCGCCGCACGCGGAGCCCCGGCUGCUGGGCACCACGUCGCUGGUCAGGCUGCCGGAGUUCGAGAACUUCACGUUCCUGGCGCUGGAGUCGCGCUCGUGGCCGUGGCAGGAGCACGCGAUCCCGCACCCGACGUCUUUCCACCCGGCCUCGCUCCCGCGGCUGGAGGCUUGGCUCGCGCGCGCGCGGCGCUCCCGCCGCACCACGCUGAUGCUCUUCGCCGGCGGCGUCUCGCGCCCGUCCAGGCCCAACAUCCGGGGCUCCAUCCUCGCCGAGUGCGCGAACCGCACCGACGCGUGCGUCGUCGUGGACUGCUCGGCCGGCAAGUGCUCCCACGACCCCGUCCGGUACAUGCGCCCGAUGCUGGGUGCCAAGUUCUGCCUGGAGCCGCCGGGGGACACGCCGACGCGGCGGUCCACGUUCGACGCCAUACUCGCCGGGUGCGUGCCGGUGUUCUUCGAGGACGCCGCGGCGAGGCGGCAGUACGGCUGGCACCUCCCCCCAGGGCGGUACGGCGAGUUCUCCGUGUACAUACAGAAGGAGACGGUGGUGCUCGGGGGCGUGAAGAUCGGGGAGACGCUGGCGGCCGUGCCCGACGCGGAGGUGCGGAGGAUGCGGGAGCGCGCGCUGGAGAUGGCGCCCAGGGUGCUGUAUCGGAGGCACGGGAGCACCGCGGAGCUGAGGGAGGCGGGCAAUGACGCGGUCGACCUAGCCGUGGACGGCGCGCUCCGGAGGAUACGCAGGCGGGCUCGCGCGCUGGAGGAAGGCCAGCCGGAGAGGAUAUACGCGCAGGAGGACGACAGUGUCGACAACUAG